GUUCUCACAUCAGUGUGUAUCUCCUCAGGACCUGGGGAUUCAGAGAGAAGACUCUACAGGAUGGUUGCUGUGAGCUUUGGGAUGCUGUGUGUUCUACAAGUCACUCUCAACAUCUCCCUGAGACUAGUCUAUGACAUGAGUAUCGGAGACUCUAAAAAUAAGCAUAAGCAAACCUGUUGCUCUAAUGGAUGGAUGAGGUUUGAAGGCAGCUGUUACUACAUCUCUACUUUCUACAUCUCCACUGUGAAGAACACCUGGGAUUACGCCAGGCAGGACUGUCUGAGCAGAGGAGCAGACCUGGUUAUCAUAGAGAGCAAAGAUGAACAGGCGUUCAUCAAUGGGCUUAAAUCAGUCAGUCAUGUCUGGAUUGGUCUGACUGACUCUGUUACUGAGGGGACCUGGAAAUGGGUGAACGGCACCCCACUAACCACCCCAAGGUUCUGA